AUGUUCAACUCUAUUAUUUCCCNCGUGAUUAGUAAUGAAGAGUGUAAGCGUAUAUUUGCUAAUAAUUUAACUAUUCAAGAAGUACAUAUUUGCGCAGGGAAUUUAAAAGGAGCAAAACAUCCAUGUUCGAGGGAUGCCGGAGGACCAUUAACAUGGAAAAAAGACAACCAAUAUUAUUUAACCGGUAUUCAAUCGUUUGGAGAUAAAUGCGGAGAAUCUGGAUUUCCAGCUGUUUAUACUAGAAUGACAAAAUAUUUGAAUUGGAUUAUUUCUAAAAUUAAUUAUAACUAGUUUAUUUUACUUUUAAUUUAAUAUGAACUUUUGUACUUUUUUAAUAUGUAGUUGUGAUGAUAUAAUUUUAAUAAAAUAAAACAAUACAGUUUAACCCA